GGCAAAAAUAAUAUAUAAUUAAUAACCAACUCAUCAAGCAAAGAAAAUUACAAAAAAAUGUAUAUCAUAUAAAAAAAAAUGUUCAGUUUAAAUAUCACCUAAAUGCAUUAUCACAUAAAUAUGCAAUAUAUGCAUGUGAUGGCGAAUAUCUGAAGUUAACAAUGAAUGGGGUCACUCUAUAUUUAGAACUUUUCAGAUUAAUAUUUAAUUAUUUCUUACUGAACUGAAUACAGACCAGCCAUUAACAAUUAAUCCCUACCAGUGUCAUGAACUCUUGGAAUAUUAAGUGGUCAACAGAGACAUAAUCACGCAGCUUAAUAUGUACAUUUGUGAUUCUUGUCUGUGAUAACCACUGAAUUUUUUUCAGAGCUGACAAAUACAUAGGUAUCAGAGAGUUGAUAGCAUCAAAAUAAUGAAUGUUGAUGCCUGUUUGGAUUUUUUGCUGCUCAUAAAAAUAUAGUCAAACGAUAAAGAAGUGCUAAUUAACUGUUUUCAUUACUCUCUGAAGUCAUCCUGCCAAUAAAGCAUAUAUAUUUCAUGUCAGUCUGGACAUUUACAAGCUAUAUAUUUAUUCUUUGUACAAAUAAUACACAUUUUCAAUUUUAUUGGACUAAACAAUGCAAACUCAACAAAUAAAAAAUGUAGUUAUAUAAAUUCAAUGAAAUUAUUACCAUCUCCGAUAGUUCUAUUUGGGUGGUUAAUAUUAACAUUGCUUUGAAUCAAAAUGCCACUGCUGAAAGUCUUGGCUCAGUUAAAAUCAGAAAAUUAAAAAAAUGACAGUAUCAAAUUACAAUAAUUUUAUUUGUUUGGUACUCUAAUAAUAUCAAACAUUUAACCCACCUCAGCUGUGAUGGAGGAGACAAUCCUCUUCGGUCAGUAUCAUUACCAUAUUUUGGUUCUUUUUGUAAAUGUCCUCAGACACAGUUUAGUAACAGCUCAGCCAACGUGCAUUAUUUAUACAGGAAUGAGCCAAACAGAUAAUGUUACCCUAAGUCAGUGUAGUUGAUACAUUUAAGGUGCCCUUCGCAGCUAUUACGGGGAGCCCUCGCAAACUUUCAGACACAUGCAUCUAGAGCUUUUGAAGGACACUACCUGCAAAACUCAAGAGGACAAAAAGUGUAACUGGAGUACUUUCCCAAGGCAUGAAAAAGCUUGUAGCACAUGACAAAAGGGAUGCUGACAUUCAUGGAUGCCUGAGAUAAAGAGCCUUUUGUCUGUGGGAAAUCUCUUGCCAAAAUUAGCACAACAGCCAAGGACAAGACUCUGUCGGACAUUUCUGAAAUGUGAGGAAUACACCUGUAAGGUAGAGUCCUGAACAAAAGGAGCUAUCAGCAUUUUGGCUUUUGUGUUAAGUGGAAAUUAUUUUGACUUAGGCUUACACUCAAGAGAAUUAUUAGACAUAAUUCAUAACUAUUUUUGUGAUGAAAGAGAUCUGCUUGCACUUUAUGCUCAUUUACGCUACGUUGAACCUGUAUUCCACAUGGGAAAUUUGUAUUACUGUUUGAGUUUUGUGUCACUGACCACCCAUUUUUGAUAGAGUGACGUAUAUUAGCAUGACUUUUGGAAAAGGAUAAAAUGCCACCAAAAAAAGCCGACAAAGCUGCACCUAAGAAAGGUGACAAGGGAAAGGGGGAAGCCAAAGAAGAUACAAAGGCAGCAAAAGAUGACAAGAAAGGGGGGAAGGGAGGCAAAGAGCCUCCUAAAGGGAAAGGGAAAGGAAAGGGCAAACAAGCUCCUAGUGAAUCUGAGGAAGCCUCUGACGUGGAAAGGAGUGAGGUUGAGGACAGUGAGGCAGCAGAUGAAGAGGAUAUGCAAAGUGAGGAUGAUGGUGCUAAAAAAGGGAAAGGGAAAGCUGCACUGAAGGGAGCAUCCAAAGCUAUGGCAGUGAAAGCUGUAGCUAAGCCAAAGCGUGGCCAAGCAGCGGAGGAAGGUGUUGAUCCAAAAACUGGUAAGCGUGCCAAUAUUAAGGCUGCAUCUAAAGUUGUGGCAGGAUUCCACGCUGAAGAGAAGAAGCCACAACUUCAGCUAGGCAAAAUGAAGGACAUAAACCUGAAAGGGGCAUCUUCAGCUAUGAUAGGCAUUGCAGGAAAGUCCCCAUUAUUCUCAAAGCCAGCCCCAAAACAAUCAAAAAAGCUAAAAAGCACAUCUAGGCUUUUCAUGGGACUAUCUGGCAGCAAGAAGAAAAAAGGCAUGACCCCAAAGUCAUUACAAAGUACAUCAAAGUUGUUUUCAGGCUUUGGAAAGUCAAAAGCUACAGAAGAAGACAAAAAUAAAAAAGAGGAGGGUGGAAGAACACUCUUGUUACUCAAUAUUGGUGGAAAAGCAAAUAAAAAUGCAGCAGCAACCUCUGGACUAGGAGGCAAAUUCAAAGGCUUCUUUGGUAAAAAGAAAACUGGAGCUGCACAAUUCAAAAGUAAAGGAUGGGCACUUGGGAAGAUAUCAGGAGCAGCAAACUGGCUAACUAACAAAUUCAUCUCAUCCAAAACAUCUGGAAGACUGGGUCGCUCUGUUCGUUAUGACAGGUCAAGUGUGGGGGGAUAUCAUGGCUAUCAGAAUGGAGGAUAUGAAUAUGAUGAGGGUGAGUUCAGCUAUGAGGAAGAUGACUAUGUUCAAAGUAGUUACAGCAGAAAUAACCCCCGGGGACGUUAUAGGAGCAGGAACCAUGACACCUAUGGUGAGGGGCGCUUCAGAGGACCACAUCAGUAUGACUACUUUGAAGAUGAUCAGGAGUAUUAUGAUUAUCCUGAAGAUGAGUAUGGCUACUAUGAUGAGGAGAAUGAUUAUUAUGAUCCUAUGUAUGAGGAUGAGUAUGGCUAUUUUGAUGAAGACUAUUACGACCAGUAUCAGUAUGAUGGAAGACAACCAUAUGGUUAUUAUGACGAUAGAAACGACUAUGAUUACAGGCACCAGAGAACUGAUGAAUUUGGAUACCCUGUUGAUGGCAUGGAAUACUAUGAUGAAAUGGGUUAUGCUGUAGAAGAUGAAUUUGGCUUCCCUGGUAAUGAUGUGGAAUACUAUGACUAUGGAUACUAUCCAGAACAGUUUGACUAUUAUGGUGAUCAGCAAAAUUAUUACACUCAAUAUGAUGGUGUUACAGAUGCCAACAUGAUGUAUCAAGGUUAUCCAUAUGUUUACUAUCCAAAUCAGUACAUCUACAAUGGAGAAACCACUGCAGUUUACCUUGACCCUCAGAUGGUUGCUAACCAGCCAUUUAUGUACACAGUGGAAGAUGUCAUGGAACCAACAGAACCCUCAGGAAUGUAUGCUAAUGAAUAUGUACAAAUACCAACAGAAGGAAUACUGACUGAGGAUUCAUUCAGAUUCCCAAGACCACAAGUAAAAUUGUUUGGAAAAGAAAAACUUGAAAUUGCAAAUCCAAUGCAAGUCCCCAGGAAUGAUUUUGAGAUGAUUCCAGAUCAAUAUGAAAAUCAGCAAUUUGCUUCACCUACGAACUUUCCUUUAUAUACUCCACAGCAAUCAGAAGCUGUACAAAGGUCAUUUUCUCCCACGCCUGUAUUGAUUCAGCAAGCACCAGCAUCUUUUAUACCACCUGGUAGUCCCAUUUUAACCCGAACACCCCAAAUACCAUACUCGCCUGUUCUUCAGGCAAGACACUUUUUGUCUCCAAUGCCAGUGUCACCUGCCCCAAGUAGACAUUAUUUUGGACCACUCUCAACACCAUCAUCUCCAGUUUUGUCUGUAAGGAGAUUUGAUCCCACUAUGGUUGAACCAGUAUCUCCCCAUUUAGUCUAUCCAGAUCCUAUGUUUCAGAGACAUGAAAAUGUCCAACCAACAACACUGAGACAAUUUCACCAACUCCCCUCACCACAGCUCUCUAUAAGACAAAGCAAUUUUUCACCAGGUCGAAUCAGCCCUAUACCUCGCCAAAGAUCUGAUAUGUAUGAGGAAACGUAUCCAAGAUUCUCACCAAGGCAGUCUAGAAUGUUUAGCCCAACAUCAUACAAUAAUAAUGCACAAAGGCAGUUCUCUCCCAUUCAAAGGAGAAAAUUUAGCCCCCCUUCUUCUCCACAACCGUCCAGACGAGCAGCGUCACCUUUAGCUUCCUUAAGAGGAAAAUCCCCAACACCCCAGAGAAAGCCAUUUGGUUCUGGAGCACCAUCCCCUCUUGUUAAUGGAAGAGAGAGUCCUCCAAUGUCUCCACGAGGAUCAAUGAGAAGGAGAAGUCCUCCUUCUUCACCUAGACCACCACUGAGGCAAAGUUCCCAAGCUAGUCCUGCCCCUCCAAUAAAAUCUCGUUUCAGGCCAAUUGGUAGAAGCAAGGAGUCUUUCAUGUCAUCAAGAUCUGUCAGGAAAAAUUCUUUUUCACCACAACCAUCUUUACGGAGGAGGAGCCCUCCACGGUCUCCAACAAUAGGCCAACAGUCACUAGAAGAGAGCUCUCCAUACCCACCCCGCAGAGCCACAUCUCCCACCCAAAGACCUGUGUCUCCAAGACCAAUAUCCCCCUUUGCCUCUAGAUCUCAGAGACCUCUUUCCCCAUCACCAUCAGCUUUUUCUGGCAGAAUUCAACAUGACCCACAACAUCUACCAACUCGUUCCUCCACACGUAGAUUCAGAGGAUUUGGUGGCAACAAAGUGCCAAUGGGAACAGUUAAGCCAUCUCCUGUUAAUCCAAUUUUGCAAAGAAAAAGUCAUCAUGGCGCUCCUCAAAUGCAAAAUGUUGCUCCGUUCAGAUCUCCAGUCCAUAAUGUACCCAUGAGUUCAGGAGCUUUGAAUCAGAGUGCUAGAUCCUCACCCAUCAUGUUUGCAAGACAAGGAUCCAGACCGGCAGGUUUUCAAGACUCAAAGAGAUUCUUUCCACCUGGAACACCAAAUCCGCAGAGAGGUUUUCACAGACCUGUUGGGAGAGGGCGUCCUGUUGUGAGAGUACCAAUAAGUCCUGUUCCUCUCAGACAAUCAAUAAGAGGCCAGAACCAUCCUCUUGUAAUGAAUGCUCAACCACCUUUUCCCCAACAUGUUCCAAUAAAACGACCAGGAGUACCUUCACCACAACUCUCUGUAAGACAUGUUCCAACACCAUGUCCGUCACCUCAGCUUUCAGUGAGAGCUGGUUCACCAAUGUCUGUACGCUCUCCAUCGCCGAUCCUCUCACAGAGAAAUGCUAUGCAUAAUGAAUUAAUCAAUCGCGCUUCACUCAGAUCACAAUUUCAAUUGAGUAGCACUCCUCAGCCUCAGAUAAUAACUGAAUUUGCCCAGAGAGUUGAACAAGGGCCAUCUCCUCUACUAACAAAUGCUUUACAGAACCCAAAUCUUGCUGGUGCUUCAUUCAGUUCACCACUUCCAAGGUUUAAAUCCCCAAUGUCACAGAUCAACCAAAGUUUAUCUCAGAGCUCUUCUCCAGCCUUAUCAAAUGCAUUACAAAAUCCACUUCUCCGUAAUGCCACUUACCGCUCACCUUUGCAAAGGUCUGCAUCUCCUCAUUCUAUGGUGGCACCUCAAGAGGUUCAGGUAAACAAUCAGAGUUCUUCUUCAAUGCUCUCUAAUGCACUGCAAAACCCUUACCUACGUAAUGCCUCCCUCACUUCCCCACUGCAAAGAAGCACAUCUCCAUAUUCUCCCACGCCUGCUCAGCAGGCACCACAGAACAUUUUGCAAUCUUCUUCAGUACUAACUAAUGCACUACAAAAUCCUCAAUUACGCAGUGCCUCAUAUAUCUCACCUCUUCAGCGAAAUACAUCUUUAUAUGCUCCAGUGAUGUCUCAACCUGAACAGCAAACAUCAGUAUUAUCAAAUGCACUUAAGAAUCCUAAUUUAAGAAAUGCAUCCUAUACCUCUCCUUUACAGAGGAGUCCUACUCCUUUCAUGCAAGCACAAGCACAGGAUUAUUCUUCACCUUUGUCAAAUGCAUUAAAGAAUAGAAACCUUCAAGGUGCUUCCUUUCGGCUACCUGAUGGAUCAAUAAUAUCUAGGAAUUUUGGAGGCCAAAAAGAGCAGGCUACUACAUCUGUUCUGUCAAAUGCUUUGCAAAAUCCCAAUCUCCGGAAAGCAACUUAUAGGCUCCCUGAUGGUACGCUAAUCAGAAAUGAGCCAGAACAACCAGCUCAGUCUUCUUCACUGCUAUCCAAUGCUCUUCAGAAUCCUAACAUUCGAAAAGCAAGUUACAGGCUUCCCGAUGGAACACUUGUAUCCAAUACCACUGAUCAAACUGUGGACACAACAAAAUCCUCACCAUACUUGGGAAGUGCUCUACAGAAUAUUAACCUACGUAAAUCUGCCUAUAAACUACCUGAUGGUGCUCUUUUUUCCCGAAACCAACCAGUAGAGCAGUCACCCUCUCCACUUCUCUCAAGUGCUCUUCUGAACUCAAACCUUCGUAAGGCUUCCUAUAGACUUCCUGAUGGAACACUUUUGACUAAGAGCUCUGAACAGGAACCAGAACAAUCAAUUUCAUCUCAUUUGUCAAGCGCAUUGCAAAAUGUUGGUAAGGCCAACUAUCGCUUACCUAAUACCUCCGGCCUGUUUAGAAAUCCUAAACAAGAGCAAGCUCCUCCUUCAAUGCUGUCUAGUGCUCUUCUAAACCAAAACCUUCGUAAAGCAUCUUACAGACUGCCUGAUGGAUCAAUCGUAACAAGAGGUAAACCAGCUCAAAGUGAAUCACCCAAAUCACCCUAUCUGGGAAAUGCCUUGACGAAUGUUAACUUGCGCAAAGCCUCCUACAAGUUGCCGUCAACACUGGGACGUUCUCCAGAGGACCCAAGGUACGCAGUAGUGACCCCUCAGAUUCAGGGUCAGUCUGGUGAACACUGGGCUCAAAAUCAAAUAAUAGAUCUUCAUGAGCCAGAUGAUGUAUGGUCUUCAGAAAGAGUCCUCCCUCAUCAUACUGUUCAGAACCUCACAAAAUGGUCCAUGUAUAGGGAUGAAGAACUGGAGAAUUUUGUCAUCCCUGUGUUUCCUGGCCAAGAGACAGAUAGCACAGAACCUGCAUGGCUACCAGAUAGAGAAGGUGAACCUCAAGGGAACUGGUAUGACAAGGUAACAUAACUGGCAUAUAGUUACUCUUUAUAAGAAAAUGUUGCCCAUCUUUUUAUUGCUAUCCAGAUGUUUCCUAUGGAAUUAUUCUACAGUAGAAACAAAACAGAACUAAUAGUACAAUAUCUGUGCCACUAAAAUAAUGCUAUGGUAUGACUGAAGCUUCAGGUUAAAAAAUUAGAUUAGAAAGACUGAAAUUUAGAUUUAAAACUAUGGGUCAAAAAUAAUGUUGGGUAAUGUGAAAUAUCAAAGGAAAAUAUUAUGACUUUGGUACUGACUGGAUAUUAGACAAUAUAGACUAGGGGUGGAUGGAUGUAUGAUUUGGUACUGUAUUUAAAUGUGUGUAUACUUAAAAUAUACAAUGCACCAAAAUACACCCGGCCAUGCCAGCUUUAUCACAACAGCGUACAGGUAUCAUUUCAAUAGACCUUAGCUGUAGCAGCAUAUUUAAUUUUGGAAAGGAAUGAAAACAAUGCUGUGAGGGAUAGAAGUACAGUGUGUUCAAUGGAUUGUACUAUUGUUUAACAACAUGCCAGUUGUUGAUUAAACAUCCUUCCAAAAAUCUUUCAGUAGACUCAAUAAAAUAGUGCAUGCCAUUGCAAAGACAAUAAGAUUUUCAAGUCUGUCCCUCAUAGCCUCAUUUUCAUCCAUGUAAAAUUAAAUAUAGCGUCUAUCCUGACUAAGGUCUAUAAUUAUAGUGUGAAGUACUGGCUUUAUAUCAUAAUUGGUAUACACAUUGUUUUACACA